AUGGACAAAGAAAAAAGACGCAUGCUAAAACUUCUUGACAAAAUCUCUGAAAAAGAGGACAAGCCAAUAACUCUGCCUCAAAAACGGCCUCCAACAGACCCAUUAGUCAAUAAAAAUUGGAAAAAAAAUCCUAUACUUAUUUAAAUUAAAUAUUAAUUUAUGAUAAAUUAAAAUUAUUGGUCUUAGGAUAUAUUAAUCAAGCCAGUAUAGCUAUAAAGUACCUAAAUCUGCAGCAAAGCAUGAUAUUGUUCGUAGCAUGCUUUUUUAGUUUUUCCCCCAGAAAUAUUUCAUUUGCGAAUUUUGCCUAAACUUUUUUCUUGCCAAGCCUAAACUUUAUUUUUCAAUCUAGAAAUAAGUUUCUACAAAAUGUCCACAAAAGAAAAUGCCCCUGGGGAGAAGUCACUUAGCCGAUAUUGUUGCGAUUGAUUGUGAAAUGGUCAGCACUAAUUCAGAUCAAAAUAGCUUGGCAAGGGUUUCUAUUGUCGAUAUGGAUGGAAACGUUCUUCUUGAUGAAUACGUAAAACAGAGUGAGCCUGUAAAUAACUAUAGAACUUCAAUCACAGGAAUUAAAGCAAGGCAUCUGAAGAAUGCCAAAUCUUUUAAUGAAAUACAAAAAUUAGUUACAGAUGCUUUAAAAAAUAAAUUAGUUAUAGGUCAUGCUAUAAGUCAUGAUUUAAAGGCUUUAAAAAUCAACUUACCUGCAAAUGUGGUUAGAGAUACUCAAAAGCUUUAUAAAUUAACAGAAGGAGUAUCAACAAUUUCACUACAAAAGCUUGCACUUGAGAAGCUAGGUAAAGCGAUACAGAUAGGCCAUCAUUCGUCGAUUGAGGACGCGAGAGCAACUAUGGAAAUUUACAAAACGCUUUUCCUUUCUAAAAAGCUAUAA